AUGUCUGUUCGCCUAUCGAUGAGACAGAGAUGUGAUACAAAAAUCUUUGGUCGCGCCGUCGUCGCUACUAGUCAAGAUCUCGCCGGUGACUCACGCUCCACCAUCCCAGCCGAGUCAGCGGUUAUACUCGGCGGAUCCCAAAAUUCGAGUCAGUGGUCCGAAUCGAUCUCCGCCAAGCUUGGUUGUUUUACAUCUCUCCGGUGCUCGCCAUUCUCAAUCGGUCGAUCUACGAAGAAGAGAGAACAAGAUAAGGGAUGGGAGGUUGGUAAAAAACUUACUUGGGAUCGUCCACCAGGUAAUUUGUUCGGCAUUUGUGGGGGUGAAAUUGGGAUGGUUUAA